CUCUCUGGCGCGCGCGAAAGCCGGCGUCUUGGUUCGGUCUCGCGAGAAGUAGCGUCUGGGCACAGUAAUCUCCGUGAAUGCUUCGUUAACGUGUUCUUUUUUUCCUCUCGUUCGUCGCUUUCCGCUUUUGCCUCUUUCGCGAUGUCUCGUUACUUACGACCUCCAAACACCUCGUUGUUCGUCAGGAAUAUAGCGGAUGAUAUCAGAUCUGAAGAUAUGCGUCGAGAGUUUGGUCGUUAUGGUCCUAUCGUUGAUGUUUAUGUUCCACUAGAUUAUUACACGCGGCGCCCCAGAGGAUUUGCUUAUGUUCAAUUUGAAGAUGUUCGUGAUGCAGAGGAUGCUUUACAUAACUUGGACAAGAAAUGGAUAUGUGGCCGUCAAAUCGAAAUUCAGUUUGCACAAGGCGACAGAAAAACUCCAAAUCAGAUGAAAGCUAAAGAAGGGACAAGCACAUAUGGUUCCUCGCGCUAUGAUGAUUAUGAUCGAUACAAUAGGAGGUCCAGGAGCCGAAGCUAUGAAAGGAGGAGAUCCAGAAGUCGUUCCCUCGAGCAGAAUUAUGGCAGAUCUUAUAGUCCAAGGGGAGGAGGAACAGAGAGAUUCCGUCGCAGCAGAAGCCAUUCAGAUCAUGGCAGAUUCAAUCGUCGCAAUAGAUCCCGCUCAAGAUCUGGUUCCAACUCUCGCUCUCGUUCUAAAUCUCAACCAAAGAAAACUGUAGGAGAAGAACGUUCAGGCUCCAGAUCCAAUUCCAGGGGACAUUCAAAAGCAGAUUCCAAGACUCGCUAUAGAGAGAGUUCCCGGUACAACCGGGAGCCCAGAAGAGAUGAGCAGUCUAAAUCACCAUCUCGCUCUGCAUCAAGAUCGAAAUCGAGGUCCCGCUCUUGGAAUAGCCACAAGUCAAGUGGCCAUUAAAGUGGCUUCCUUGCACAAUGUUUAUAAUAUGUCUCCCCAGAAUUACAGUGAAGCUAAAUGCUCAAAGUUGUUUAAUUACGGUAUAUUUGCAGCCAGUGAUCAAAAUUUAUUUUUGGGGGGGGGGGUUGACCCUGUUUGCUUUCUCUUAGCAUAUACUUGAGCUAAACUUAGAAACUGAAGUGGCUACAAGUGUUAAACUUGGCAUUUUAUAUAAAUGUCCUGCCCCAAACAACAUCCUUUUGUAAUCAUUUUGAACUGGGGUUUAAUAUGUUUCCGACUGUGAAGUAUGAAUUAAAGUUCUUGGCCUUCAAUCUAAAAUGUUGUUAGAGACUGUCGGGGAGAAAUCAUUUUCUGUUCCUUUCACAGCACUUCUAAGCAACCUGGGUGGUGGUGUGUUCAGUAAACCGCCUUAGCAUCAUGUAUAAAUGCAUCGUUAACGAGAGAAACCCCAAUAUUGGUUUUGUACAUAGAACAACUUGUUUCUUAAACUUUUUUUUUUUUCUUGUCAUGUUUAAAGGACCAGUGACAUCAAUUUAAAAAAAAAAAAAAAAUUUGUUAGGAUAGAACGGGAAAAAAAAAACAGACAAAUGAAACUUUUAAAUCGCUAAGUCUUUAUUAAGAAAUAACUUACAGAAACUCUGCUUUCACUCCUCUUCAGACACUGAAACGAUCCAUCAUGCGACACUCUAUUUCUCCUCCCUGGCCAUCUCUCCUAUAAGGAAGGCAGGGAGGAGAUAUGGAGCACCGCACAAUGGAUCGCCUUUUCUGAAGAGGAGUGCAAGCGGAGUUUCUGUAAGUUAUUUCUUAGCGAUUUAAAAUGUAAUUUCUUUUUUAAAUGUUACUGGUCCUUUAAAAGUAAGGAUUCUUGCUUAACAUUCAAUCAGGUGGGAUGCAAGUAUAGCAUUGCUUAGAUCUCCGUUCUGAAAUGUGGUGCUACUGUUAUCCUCCUCAUUGACUGGCUCAUCAAUCUCAAUGGCAUUUAGUACAGCACAAAAGUGAGGUUCUGCAGCACACCCCCCCCCCAUUAUAUUACCUGAAAGUGGCAUGUGUACAAAUGUUUAUGCAGCCUCCACUUUGUCUAAUUUGCAUUAUCAAAAAGGUAUUUGAUUUCUUUUUAAAGAUUGCAUUGAUAAAUUAAAAUCACCAUUGUAUAUUUUAGAAUUCUUCUGUUCCUAUUGCUAUGCAAUCAUUUAUAAGCAUGUUUUUGUUUUGUAGACAUUGAAGGUGUAUUUCAUAUGUGAAACUAACAGUAGAAUGCAGUUGUGGAAUUGAAAUUUGUAUUUCUUUUCUUAAAGAAGGUUGGAAAAAAUAAAAUAUUUUGUUGGUUUUUUUAAGCAAUGCUAUUAAGGUAAAACUCAAAAGGUUCUGCAUAUGUCCACUAUUGUGCUUGCUGUAUAUAUGGCAAAUCAGCUGUAAUAAAAAUAUAGAACAUUU